UAUUUUGGAUCUGGUGGUGGUUCAUCUAAUUGGGGAGAAAAAACAAAAGGAGACACUUUUAGUGUUUACGAGGGUUUACUGCUAAACACUAAUCGUUAUAUGGAGUUAUUAUACCAGGCAGUAGAUCUGCUGCUGCAGCAACCUGAUCUUUUUCCUGCUGCUGCAGCAACAGCAGCAGCAGCAGAUAGCGAAUUAGAGAUGCUGCUAGGCGGAGAUGCAGCACCAGAAGAAAGACAAAAAGCAGCAGAAGCAGCAAGAAGGUUUGAUCCAUGGAAACGUAUCAGGGCUCGUGAUAUGGCCGCCCGCGGCGUGCCUGCUCAUCUCCGCUAUAGCUUGUAA